AUGUCUCGCACCAACGAAGAUGUGAACGUGUCACCGAGCGUGGGCCCCGCUGAGCCAUCCAGCCCCCGAGUGGAAGCCAAGCCAAGCACCCCUGCUGACGUGCAUGCAAGCACGCAAGGCAACGGCCGCCGCCCGGCCAACCCGCCGCCACCAAGGCCCACCCGCAGCCGCGCCUCCCUGCCCACGCAAGCUUCGGCACAGUCGUCGUUUGAGGACGUGCCUGCUGGCCAUGGCGGGGACGGGCGCCCGCGCAUGCCAGCAACCCACUCCGUCCCUGCCCUGCUCGGCGCCAGCACAACAGCCACGGGGGCGGUGCAGCGGGACCUCGAGCAGCGGCGGGUGUCGUCCUCCUCUGUCGCGUCCCGCAGCGAAUCUGCAUCCCCAACGGCACUCGCGCAGCUCUCCGACUUGGCCAGUGACGACGACGGAGGCGAUGGUGGCGACGAUUUCGCCAUUGCUGUGCAGGUGCAGCAAGGCUCGCAGGUGGAUGCAUGCAUGCACGGCACGAUAGCCCUUGGAGCCACCACUGCUGGUGAGCACAAUGGUGCUCCUGAUGCCUCUGCGGAUGGCGCUGCUACGACCACGUCGCUUGCCGCCAGUGUGAUGCUGCCACUCAAACAAGUCGUGUCGACAAUCCCAGCGCUGCGGUCACUGAGCACUGCCACUGCCUCCACCAACACCACCACUGCUGAUGAUGCGGCUCAUAGCCCUACCGCCGUCGAUUCCCUUUCGGCCAUGGACGCCAUCGGCACGCCUGUCCUGUCUCCCGUCAUUGACACCCCACCCACCUCCACCUCGACCAUCACGCCCCGCCCCACCCCAGCCACCACCAGCACCACCAACGCUACGAUGACCACCAACGCUACGAUGACCACCAACACGACAGCCACCACCCCGUACCCUGUGCGGGACAUUGAGAUUGUCGGGGUAAGCGGCAUCGUGGGAGCCGUUGAUCAGCAGCCAGCACGUGCUCUCCGCCGCAACGCCGCCUCCCUCCAUCUCCAGCAUAUGAACACCUCGUCCGCGCUGGGCGUUGGGAGUGGGCGCUUUACACCUGGCUCGCCUGUGCCGCAAGCACACGAGCACGUGUUUGUCUUCCCGGGUGACAAUGAUGACCACAACAACCAGCAGCAGCAGCAGCAACAGCAGCGGGGCCCUGGUGGCGGGCACCACGAGCACGGCGCCGUUGACGGCAACCACCACGAUGACGCCAUUCGCCUGCGCAACGACAGGUUUGUUGCGGCUGUGCUGCGGGUGCUGGCCCCGCUGGUGUCGCUUGGCCGCCACGUGCCCGUACGCCGGCUGCCCGAGCUUGUUCGCCACGCGUCUCUGGCCCGCCGUAACCGCGGUGGCGCCAACCCCGCGCCCAUGAUGGCUGAUGGUGUGGCCCUCAUCCCGCCAGACAGCGACAACAACGGCAACGAUGGCGAUGGCGAGCAGCACAUGUUUGACAACCCGCUCGCCAAUGGCGGCCCUGGCAAUGGUGCUGAGAACGGGGCAGUGCCGCCGCCCAACAGCCCACAGCAGCAACGCCGCCGCCGCCGCCGUGAGCGCGCGUACGUUCGCAUCGGCACGCGGCUCAAGGGCGCCUGGGUCAGCCGCAAACGCUGAGGAGUGGCAGUGAGGGGACGCGCACGUGCGGAUGGAUGAAGGCAGCAAGAGCUGUCGCUGAGGUGUCGUGUUGGUGUUUUGUCAAGUUGAGGUCGAUCGACGAGGCGAUCUCGGUGGUGGUGGUGGUGGUCGAUGGUGGCCGGUCCACUGUCACGGUAUCUCUCCCCGUCCCCCGCCCCUCUUUGUUCCGUGUGCACGUGCGCGUGUAUCCAUGUGCUCGCCCAUUCUUCCACUUUCAAGUCUUUUUCUCCUUCAAUCAAAGUUGCUGCCAUUGUUAUGGCUGCUGUGGGUGCUGGCCUUGCCUGAUGUUAUCUU